AUGGCUCUGCCAAUAGAAGGCAAAUUAUCCAUGGCAACUAAUAAGAUCGAAAGGUUAAAAUCACCUUCGUCUUCGUCGACAUGCUCAAUGGACGAGGUUCUCAUUACUUCAAGCAAUAACAGCAGCUCCAUAUGUUUAGAGACCAUGCGCCAAUUCCCUCGGGAAGGUGUUUCUGGUCAGAUAAAUAUCAUUAAAGAAACUGCUUCUUCUUCUACUUCUCAUGCUGCUCUCUUCCUUAAGCAAGAUCUUUACGAGCAUAUAGACCCCCUCCCUGCUUAUCCACCAAGUUAUGAUCUAGUAAAUCCCAAUAAAGAGGUUCGUUUUCCUACGUUUGGCGACACAGCACCAUGCUCAAAGUCUUCUCUACCACCGUUAUAUGCACCUGCAGUACAUGAAUUGACUUUGAUCUCCUUAAAAUUGGAAAGAUUCUCUCCUUAUGAAGUUUCUAACAACAGGAGCUGGAAAAAUUUUAUCGUUGAAAUUAAUUCGACCCAACUAAAUUUUUACCACAUUGAUGAAUCUUUGACGAAGCAUAUCAGGAAUUAUUCAAGUGGGGAAACAAAAUCCGAAAAGGAGGAUAGAAUUCAUAGUGACCUGGUCCAUCGCAGUGAUCAAUCACAACAUCUGCAUCACCGUUUAUUUACUCUACCGACAAGAUCAGCUUCGGAGUUUAAAAAAUCGGAUCAAGAACGGAUUUCUUAUAGAGUGAAACGUGAUCGAUCCCGGUAUUUAACCAACGAAGCUCUCUAUAAGUCAUUCACUUUACAAAAUGCAAGAUUCGGAAUACCAACAGAUUAUACCAAGAAAAGUUUUGUACUAAGAAUGUCUUGUGAAAGUGAACAGUUUUUAUUGAAGUUCUCUCAUAUUGAUGAUAUGAUUGACUGGUCUAUGUACCUGUCGAUCGGUAUAUCGGUAUCGUUAGACUUGGAAGUUAGGGAAUAUCCGGAUUAUCGAAUCGUCCCCAGGAGGAGAAGGAGGAGAAGAAGGAGAAGAAGGAGAAGAAGACACAGUCAUAGAAGUGAAAGUUCGAUGGGAUCCUUUUCGCAAAGAUUCAUUCGGUCUAACUCCAGACCCGAUUUAAUCCAAAGAUAUAGUACCGGGUCUAGCAUCAAUAACAAUGCGACUAUCAGGGGACGCUCGAACACUUUCACAGGUGGUCUAUUAGAUCAUUACUGCUCCGGCUUAUCACAGACCUCGACAGAUGCAUUAGUGUCCUCGGCUGCAUCUGGAGAAGCCAGUGAUAACAGCACCCUUGGAUCAACAAGAUCAUCAUCUGGAUGUUCAGCUUCCCGUUCGAUUGCAUCCAGAAGUUUGAAGUUUAAAAUAAAGAACUUUUUCAGACCUAAAAAUUCCUCGCAAACAGAAAAGCUUCACAGACUCAGAUCGAACUCAAGUAACUUAAAUAGUGUUAUUGAAACGGAAGAAGAAGAUGAACAGCAUGAAUCAAGUGGGGGCAACAAUCCAGAACGUGGUGUUCCGGUAAGUGCAACCAUUAAAGUUGAGCACCCAUUGCAUAGAAAUAGAGCUAUUUCCAUACCUCAAAGACAACUAUUGAGGCGUGCAAUUAGCGAGGAGGUUGUUCCCAUUAAAUUUCCAAAUGGUACAACGGAUGAAUCGGUUUCCUCUAUCCAUGGGACUGUUGAUCCUUCGCCCCCUAAUGAGCAGCUAUCCGUUGAUGGCUGUGAAAUUAUGCUGCGAUCACAAAAUGCAGUUAUGAAAGAGGAAUUACGAAGUUUUGCCUCGGAUUUAGUAGCUAAUGAAAGGGACGAGACUCCAGUUAGAGCUACGCCUCAAAGUUCUUCUAUAUAUCUGCAAGAAUUAGCCCCUAAUGGGGAAUCCACUACAAAUUUACCUCAAAGCAGUAGUUCAUUCUGUCUAACAGAACGUAGUGCUCAAAUGAAUGACGAUGAAAAUGCUACUGAGACCGAUGAGGAUGAAAACGAUGACACUGAUGACGAUGCCGGCAACGAUACUGAUGAUGAUACCGAUGAUAAUAAUAUUGGUUAUGCUUAUGGCAGUGAAAGUGAUUAUUCAUGUUUAGUGGAACAACGAAUAAUAAAUAGAAGACGGGCAUCUUCUACUCUAAGUUGUUUCUCAAAUAUCCCUUACGGGACCGAUGAUGUCAAAUGGAAACCAGCUAUCAAGGAAAUUUCAAGGAGACGUUAUUUAAGGGAUUCCCUAAAGUGCAUCAAACCAUUUUUAGAUAGCAAUGACUGUUUGGGUAAGGUUAUUUAUAUCCCAGUUUCGGGGCCAACUUUUGAAACAAGUAAUAAACUUCACGUUAAUAAUAAUCAGAGUUUGCAAAAGCUGAAAAACCAUUUUUUGAAGGCCUUUAUUGUGGGACCUACGGCGUUGAUAGAACUUAAUUGUAAAAAUAAGAAUGCAAUUGUCGGAACAACAAAGGACGCUGAAGAUCAUGACGGGGACAACGAUGAUGAUGAUGAUGCUGAGGAUGAUGAAGAGGACGAUGAUGAUGAUGAUGACGAUGAUGAUGACGAUGAUGAUGACGAUGAUGAUGACGAUGACGAUGAUGAUGAGGAGGAGGAACAGAACACUGCAUGA